CAUAAAAUAUCAAAUAUUUUAGAAUUUAGAACAGACUUAAGACUGAAAAAAUGAGUGAUAGGACGAAAGUGACAUCUAGUACCAGGAUGGGUUAUGGUCACUGAGGCAUUGAUAGAAAAUGAUGAAUUAUAGAACAGCAGUGCCUUGAUUAUAGUGCCAAGGACGGGCUGUGUACAUUAAGAAACUGAAACGAUGCUCAAGUGGAGAAUUCGAAGCCCGUUGAAGCUUCCCGGUGAGAUGUCCUUCCUCCCCACCACUCCCUUAGACGAGAUAAGUUUGGUGGACCUCAGAGCUAAGAGUGACCAGACGUCGAAUGGGAACUCCUCCUCUUCUUCCUCUUGCUCCUCCACCGUGAGUGACAACAGCUCUUCUGCCGCCCCUAGUGAGCCAAAUACCUCCUUCCUCCAUCGGGGCUUCGUGACUGGAUCUUACCCGAGCCAUGAGUACUACGACGGUCGGGGUCCUUGUCAGCAGCAGCAGGAGGUUUCAUCGGUGUCAGAGCUUCACCAGGAUGUAUCGGAAAGUCACGAGGAGCGCCCCAGUACAGAGCCUCACCAAGACCACAGCCACGAGUAUGAUGAUCUACAACAGGACUCGACUCGGGGGCGUCAACAGGAUCACCAAGUGUCCUCUGAGUCAGAGAAUCACCAGGAUGUCAAGGAGAUAGACUGUCACCAGGAGAUUCGUCACGAAACCGAAACAGGUGAAUUUCUUAAGGAUGUUUUGGAAUCUUACUACAGCCUCGAGUCUCACAAUAGCUGGAAACAGGACACGAGCGAGGAGAGUCAACAGCCUCACCAGGAUCACUCAGAGGCAGAUCACCAGGAGCCCUUGGUGAGAGAAAAUCACCAAGAGUCUAAUUAUGAAACUAAGACGGAAGAUAUUCACCAAGACAACACAGGGUCGUCCACAAGCCACAAUCAUUACGAUAAUCGGAAGCAAGACUCGGAAGAGGGACAUCAACACCAGGAAGUUCCUCGGGAGAGAGACGAUGACCUGAAGACUUACAGUAACUCUACAUCAGGAGAACUUCAAAAGAGUAAAACUUCAGAUGAUGUGUUCAAGCAGGUUAGUCAACAGCUGGAACAAGUAAGGGAUACCAACUCACAUCACUACGCUUGUCCCCAGAACAACAAACCAGUCAGUCAUAGAGACAUAGACACCAUCAGCUGUCCUGGUAACAUAGGCGUCGGCUGUUCAGAACUUACCGAUGGUAUUAGUUCAGGAAGCCCCAUCUCUACCACAGCUGAAAGAGGACAUCACCCUACAUUAGGACACGCCAAUUCACUCACUCUCGGGGACACCAAUUCAGAGGUUGCUAGAUAUGCCGUUCCAAUCAAUACAAAAAUCUCAGUCAGACCGAAACGAAGUCCCCAGACCAAGUACUUCUUCGGUACCAUCGCCAGCAGUCUCUUCAGUCCAGCAGCCAACAGCCACUGCCACUACGCAGCACCACGAGUAAACAAACCUGUGGACACUAAGAGAAACAGCACCUUCUAUUACAGCAUCGAACCGGACAAUAGUCAGAAAAUAGACGACAGGACGAAUCACUGUAUCGAAGCACCUGAACAAAUUUACGAUACUCCGAAGAAAUACAUGAACAAAGCUCCACAACUCGAAGAAACAGAGACGAGACUUACUGAGACACCGAAUCAAGUCGAUAAAAUGCUUCAACAGGAGGAAACACAAGCCUACUACCAAGAUACAACGAAGCUGCUCAAACAAACACCGAAGCAGCAUCAUUACAAAGCGCUAAAGAAACUCAAAGAAACGAUGAGAAGGGAUAAGAAAACCCCGAAACGAAGCAAAGGAUUAGAAAACCACUAUAAGAUACCAAGACCACACAGGAAAUCCUCGAAACACAACAACGAAACACCAAAGAAACCAUCCAACAAGUCUCGGAAAGAUUCGAAAACCGACAAAAGUAGUAAUCAACUCAAACCUUCAGAGUACGAGUCAUAUGAUUUUAAAACUCUUGAACCCGACAGUCUGGAGUAUGCUCUAGACUUCAAGAAUGCUCUGGGUUACCAUCUAGCAAAGGAACUAAGAGAAAAAACGCUAAAAAGUGAAAAGGAAAAUGAUAGAAAAACAGGUGAUAAAUCCGUGAGAGAAAAGACGAAAAGUAGAAAUGCAGAUAAGUCAGAUAAUAGUAUAGCUUCGUGUAGCCUAAAUAGAAACGAAGGCUUGAGGAAGUCGAGGAGCAUGUUAGGUGUGGAUAAGAGUGAGUCAGGUGCUGAGGACAGAGAUUCGUGGACAUCUGACCCUCAACUCGGCUACCACACCUACCCCCGUCAACGCUCACGACUGCGUCCGGCAACUCACACUAGUCCUCUCAUCUCCUCCGCCACUAUACCUGAUGGCAUUUAUGUUGAACUGUUUCCAUUCAAGAACAUGUCGGCCCUGCAGCUGGCGGCGGAGGGGAGAGACUAUCUCAUGUGGUGUCCAGAUCACGAGUUCGAUAAUGCUGUCUCUGCACUUGAUAUACGGGGGCUGGUGGAACUGGUACAGACGUUACAGGACGCUAUGGCCGUGGAGCAGCAGACGUUCGACAGCCUCUCUCAGCAGCUGGAAUUGGUUCAUGACCCCCUCCAGCAGCAGAGACUGUCAGCGGCUCUCUGCACCUCACAGACAAGACUCGCCAGACUCUGCUCCAGGAAUAUGAGAUGCUUCAGACAGCAAGCCCUCAAGUCACGUCAGAAAGAUGCCUCCUCGGAGAGUCGAUCGUCUAGCCCUCGAGACUCUGGCCUUGUGAUGUCCUCAGCCGCUGCCUCCGACGCUGAAGGUGACCCACGUUCCCCCACUGGCGGUUCCUUCAGGAAUUCCCUCGCCUUCUUCCAGCGGGCAGCUCAUCUCGUCGCUAAUAACACCAAAAAUACCACGAUAGGAACGCGACAGAAUGGAUCAUCCUUCUUAGCGACAAGUAGUGAGGGCUGGAAUCAUCAGACGACCACACCACCGACACACCACAACCACACCGACCACACCACAGACCUCAUCAGUGGUGUUGGAGGAGGAGGCGGUGACGGAGGAGGAGGAGAGCUUCGAGGACGACCUAACCCACUUCGAAGACCAAGGCACCUGAGCAGGUCCUGUUCAUCAAUGGCCGACCACAGUACCAAGAUGACUUAA